AUGCCAUGUUGCAGCCUUGCUGAUUGUGAGCUCACGGAAUCAUGCUGGGAGGUCGUGGCUUCAGCUCUAGAGGCAGAAAACUCAAUUCUGAGAGAGCUGGACUUGAGCGAUAAUUACGGAGUGGAGGAGGGAGCGAAGUUGCUUUCUGCCGGCCUGAGGAAUUCACACUGUAAACUGGAGAAACUGAGGUUAGCAAGAUGCCAUUUCUCCCAGAGCAGCUGUGCCGAACUCACUUCAGCCCUCACGUCAGUUUCAUCUUCUCUGAGUGAACUGGACCUGAGCAACAAUGACCUGAAGGACACAGGACUGGAGCUGCUGUUUGCUGGAUGGGAAAAUGUAUACUGUAACCUUCAAAUCCUGAGGUUGAACUGGUGUAACCUCACAGACAGUAGCUGCUCGUUCCUCUCCUCCGUUCUCAUCAGUUUAAAAGAGUUGGACCUGAGUAACAAUGACCUGCAGGAUUCAGGAGUGAAGCUUAUUUCUGAAGGACUUAGCAAUGAUCAGUGCAAACUGCAGAUACUGAGGUUAGUUUUAUAG